AUGCGUCAUGUCUUUAAAAAGAAGAUUAUUUACUGUGGUGUCAUUGUCGUAACAUUGAUAAUUUUACUGCAUCCCGAUAUGAAUGCUAGUCGUUCUUACGAGUAUAUUGAAAAAGACAAUAUUCUUAGUAACCUACAUGAAGCAACUGCUAAGAACUUUACUAGCACCGCCGUACUUGACUGUGAUUAUAAUGACAUUAUACACGAUGAAACUACUCUGUCCAUUAGUUUAGUCGACGGAGACCUGAUAGAAGGACACAAGAUUAAGGAAGGGGGAGAAUAUGCUCCAUCUAGCUGUAAACCGAAGUACAGCACAGCUAUUAUUGUCCCAUACAGGGAUAAAGCUGAACAGUUACGUGGAUUCCUAGUCUACAUGCACACAUACUUCCAUCGUCAACAUAUCCACUACAGAAUCUAUGUUGUAGAACAAGUGGACUCCCGCCCCUUCAAUAGAGCCAAGCUUAUGAACAUUGGGGCAGCAGCCGCCAUGAAAGCAGGCUACCCUUGCCUUAUACUACAUGAUGUAGACCUUCUGCCUCUGAGGCCGGCCAACUUAUAUGCUUGCACUGAAAGGCCUAGGCAUAUGUCGUCCAGCAUCAAUAAAUUUAGAUUCGUCCUACCAUACUUAAACCUCUUUGGUGGUGCUAUAGCAAUUCUUUCAAAGCAAUUUAAAACUGUAAAUGGUAUGAGCAAUGAGUUCUAUGGAGUGUCUGGUGAAGAUGAUGACUUAUAUUCUCGUUUAGAGGCAAAUGACCUGAAAGUGUGCAGGUUCCAACCAGAAACUAGUCGCUACCAUAUGGUAUCAUCUAAGGCUGAGAGGAGGUUGGAACAACGAAAAAAACAGUCAAGUUUUACUAAGGAAAGGAUGGCAACAGAUGGUCUAAACUCGUUAAAGUACACAGAGGUCGCCACUGUUCUUCAUCCGCUGUUUACCCAUAUCAUGGUUGACUUGUAG